AUGUCAGAUUAUUAUGAUUUAGACGCAAUUUUGGCCGAUGGUGAGAAAAUCCCCUGUCGGUUUAACAUGUCGGUCCCCGGGCUCGGAUACCUUGAGGGGAACCCGGGGAAACCAGUUGAAAAGGACACAAAGGUGGAACUUCCUCUUUGGUUGGCUGAAGUUUUAGCGGUCUGUGAGCUUUCUGAAGCACUGCAAACGUCCUUCAUUGACCUUGCAAACCCUGAUUUCAUCUCUCAGAAGGUGCUAAACGCCAUCAAGGCUAACCCUUUGACCGUGGACCUUCAUUCUAUCCUCACAAACUAUUAUAAGCUUUCAGAGAAAUGGGCCGCCAUGUUCAACGAUGCAGAGUUGGCCCAAGUGAUCCUGACCAUGCUAAAGGAACGCGCCUUUGAGAUUAACAACUACGCGUGUAAUGCCAACAAGCUGACCAAUAACAACUUUCUCUACUCCUUGGAUGAGUUUGAAAAGGCUUUGUACAAAAAGACUGCAACCAGUAACAAACAAAUGAGACAAUGGAUCAAAAAUUGA